AAAGGAAGGAAUACAUUCCAUUGAGAAAACGACACUCAAGAUAGCAACCGCGUGUUGCGUUGGGAUGGUACAGAAAGUGCUCGAUGCGGUGAUCAAUGAGCCCUGACAGGACACGUCGACAGUGGACGACUUCGAUAACGGCACAACGCCCACACCGAGCAAAGAAGUGCUAGGAGCCAUGUCAUGUGCGACGCACCCAAUACGUAUAGCUCGUCAUCAGCGAGUUGAGUAACAUAAGUCGGUUGUAGUCACGGCCAGCACAGCGAUGGUCAUCCAAGGACUCACGUGACGCAUCGUCUCCAGCGACCCCACGCCUGACCUCAUGGGCGGGUCCGAGUCAGCAGGCGUCUCGGACAGGACCCUUCAUCCCCAGAGACCAUCAACCAGAAACUCGAAACCAGCAUUCCCACCACACAACGAAAUUGUCAACCUCUUUCACCCAACAUGUCACUAGCAGAGCUGCAAGCGGAGCGACAGCAAUACCAGGAACAGCUGGACAUUGUCGCAGGCCAAAUCAAAGACGAUCCCGAUAACAAGGAGCUCGCGAGUCUCAAAGAGGAGUUAGAUCAAUUCGUUGCGCUUCUCAACGACAGCAUUGCUGAGUUACAGCCCAAGCAGGCACCGACGCCAGCGGCGCCCAACGCAUCCACGCCACAGCCCGCUGAAUCCGAGAAAUGGUCGCGAGAGAAUCACCCAGCCUUUAGUAAAGCUGCGCCCUAUGCCGAGGAGAAGGACGAGAGCCCAGUCAGUUACCAGGUGAACGAUACCGUGUUGGCGAAAUGGCUGUCAGGCGACAAGGCAUUCUAUCCGGCCAAAAUCACAUCGAUCACCGGCUCGUCCGCAGCGCCUAUAUACGUCGUCAAGUUCAAGAGUUACGACAACGUCGAAACUCUGCGAAGCAAGGAUAUACGGCCCGUCUCUAACAAACGAAAGGCCGAGGGUCCUCCGGCGCCGGUGGCGCGGCCAGCACCGGGCGUCGUAUCCUCGGCUGGUGCCAAGUCAUAUCCAGACGCGAAGAAGGCCGCGGAGAGGGACGACGUGCCCCAACCACCCAAGCCGAAGAAGAUCAAGGCCAAGAAGGAGCUCGAGACCAACAAGAACAAGUGGCAAGAGUUCAAUGCCAAGUCCAAGUUCGGCAAGACGCAGAAGAAGGACAGCAUGUUCCGCACCCCAGAAGGCGUCCACGGCAGAGUUGGUUUCACUGGCUCAGGCCAGUCGAUGCGCAAAGAUCCGUCGAGGAGUCGACACGUGUACCAAGUCAACGAGGAUCUGGACUAACUCUGUGUGAGAUGCAGAUCAAACACUCCGCGAGUCACGGUUCGCGUCUACCAGCGGAGAUUGCGGAACCAGGGCAACAAACGUCCCAGUGGGUAUCCACGGCAGC